CGCAGCCUUAGCCAAGCGAACCAAGAGAAGCACACACACCACUGACCGAACACCUCCGGCGUUUACUAGAAGAAGAAGCGCAUCGUCGUCGUCUCUCCCAAGCCCAGCCAGCCAUCCCUGCCCAAAGGUUCACCUGAGGUAACAGAUCCCGCGACGAGCUGAUCGGAGCACGACAGGUAAACGGCGGAGGGUACGUGCACGGUGCUUGCGGCGGGCGAUGGCGGCUGUGAUGAAGGUGCACGGGUGGGCGAUGUCGCCGUUCGUGUCGCGCGCGCUGCUGUGCCUGGAGGAGGCCGGCGUCGGGUAUGAGCUCGUCCCCAUGAGCCGCUACGCCGGCGACCACCACCGCCCGGACCACCUCGCCAUGAACCCGUUCGGUCAGGUGCCGGUUCUUGAGGACGGAGACCUCACCGUCUUCGAAUCGCGCGCAAUCGGAAGGCACGUUCUUCGCAAGUACAGGCCGGAGCUCCUAGGUGAAGGCAACCUCGAGAGGUCCGCGAUGGUGGACGUGUGGCUGGAGGUGGAGGCCCACCAGCUCCACCCGGCCAUGGGCGCCAUCUCCGUGGAGUGUUUCGCGCCUUUCCUCGGCCGCGCGCGCAACCAGGCCGUCAUCGACGAGAACGUCGAGAAGCUGAAGAAGGUGCUCGAGGUGUACGAGGCGCGGCUGGCGCAGAGCAGGUACCUCGCCGGCGACCUCGUCAGCUUCGCCGACCUCAGCCACUUCACGAUGGUGCACUACUUCAUGGCCACCGAGUACGCCGCGGUGCUCGACGCGCACCCGCACGUCAAGGCGUGGUGGGAGGAGCUCGCGGCGCGGCCGGCGGCGAGGAAGGUGGCGGCAUUCAUGCCGCUGGAUUUUGGGGCGGCCAAGGAGGUGUGAUAUGGAAUGUAUCUGUGCUUUCGCUUGUGUGUUGUGGGAUUGAUUGUAUCGAUGAAUGAUGUUUUCGCUACAUUUUGUUUUGUACUUACACCCUCAUUCCAACUUUCUCAUAGAGGAUCACAAAAAUUUAUGAC